AGAGUUUGACCCGUAGGGGGCAGUAAAACACCCUGUAGGGUAUAAACUGAUAAAAAUCACCAAUCACCAUAUAACAGGUAAAGGACAUUUAGAAGAGUCCUGUAAAUGGUUCUCAGCCUGACCUCAGUCAUGUCUUCUGUCAAUAAUCAGCAGCUACAUGGACACAGAGACGCCUGGACACCACAAACCUGGACUGGAUCUGUUUGGAUCUUUGAUGUAAUCCUGUUAGAGCUCCUCUGUAAUCCCAGCACAGCCUUCACAGCCUUCACAUCCUCCACCUCCUCCACCUCCUCACUGAAGCUCCGUGGGAUGCUUCUGGAUCGAGACUGAACACCUCAGGUCACAGAGUCAGUGUCUAAGCAUCGAGGAUGUUGAUGAGCUGGGUGGUCAAAGUUGUUCCUCAGCCACCUGAACCUCCACCCAAAAAAGCUGAAGAGAAGGAUGGGGAACCUGUUCCUGCUCCACCCCCUGAAGUUACCCCGCCUCCUGUUCCUGCCCCACCCCCUGAAGUGCCCCCACCCACUAUUCUUGAGAAGAAAGUGACGUUUGAAGAGGAGAGUAAAAAUGAAGGUCCAGACAGAUCCAAACAGGGAGUCCAUGCAGUAGCAGGAAAUGGACCAGUUCCUUGCUCUCAGUCCGGGGUUCUCACCUGGAUCAGCGGCGCCUUCCCUCAGCCCCCCAUCUCACCCAGACUGGACAGAGCCAACUCCACCACAAAGGAGGAACCUGCAGCUUUGAGUAAACCAGAAGAUGAGAAAGGGAUGAUAGCUUGGAUCUCUCAGGGGUUGGAGAAAGUCGUUCCUCAUCCAGAUCCGAAGAACAAAGUGUCUGAAGCUGAGCCACCGACAGAGGUGUGUCAGGAAGCUGCUGCUCCAGCUGAUGCUCCCAUCGUGGUGAAGACAGAGUCAGACGGAGAGGAUAACACUGCUGCCCCCCCCAGUGUGAUGGGCUGGAUCGUCAGUGAGCUCAGUCGCAUGUUGCCUCAGCCGAUACCGAAGCCGGAAGCAGGAAGUGACAACGUGCAGACCAUCAGGCUUGGACAGAAGAAGACGGAUCUGGUUGUGGAGGACAUGGAACAGGACGGCGACAAGAACCAAGAGAAUGAGGUAGAAGAUGGACAUCAACGGACACCAGUGGUGGACAACAUCCAGAAGGAGGCUGAAGACUCUGUCCUAGCUCACAUGAAAGAAAGGCUGCAGCAGGAGCUCCUGGAAGAGGCCCGUGUGGCCGAGGAGAUGGCCAGGAAGGCAGCAGAGGAGGCUGUCCGACUACUGGAGGAGGAGCAUUCGGCUAAAAUCAUCAUAGAAACUCUGCCAGAAUCCAACGAGCAACUGCCCAACAUCCUGGAGGAGGAGAACGAGGACGAACCAGAGUUGCUAAACCUGCAGGAGGACAGCGAGGAGAGCACAGACAAUCCUGAGGAGAAUAAAGUAACAGAGGAAAAUAACAAGAACCCUGUUGAGGAAAAGAAAAAAACGGAUGUGUGUCUGGUCGACGUCUGUCUGGCUGAAGAUGAAGAAAAACCUUCUUCUACAGAUGUAGAGCUGGCGUCAGAGAGGAGAGACCUGGAGAGUCCAGUCACUCAGCAACAUGCAGAGGCCUCGCCCUCCAGGGAUCAGACCAGAGCGGCUACAGAAGAAGAAGGUGGAUGCGGAGCUCUGCUGCUGAAGGUGGAUCAGGACAUGGGGCAGAGAACAGCCCUGAACAUCCCCCAGAUUGUUACAACCCCAGAACCAAGGUCUCAGUUGGCCCCAAAGACCAGUGCUGCAGGAGACGUGUCUGCAGACGAGGAGGAUGAGGAACUGAUAGGAGUCGGUCUGAAGACCUGGUCGAACCAGGGAGACCUGCUGACGGCAGACGAUGAGAUGCGUCCUCUGUCGGCUGCCAGCGUCGGCAGCGUCGUGAUCCAGGAUCGUCUGAGUGAGCUCGUCAGGCUUUUCAAAGGUCGGACAGAACGGCAAAAAGACCGACUGGUGGACCCGGAUGAGUCAGAGGAGGAAAGUCCAUCAGCCUCCCCGACCAAGGCUCCACCUCCCCCUCCUCCACCACCGCCCCCAGGAGAGGAGAAGAAGGAUGACAUAGUCAAACCAGCAGAAGAAGAUGAAGAAGAGGAGACAUUGUUCCAGUUUGAACUCCUGGGUCAUCCCGUCAAAAUCCCCAAACCUUUCAAACUUCCUCUGUUGCCGGACUGGCUGAGAGCGAUCCUGGAGUACCGCUUCCCCUCCAGCAUUGACCCCUUCACCGACCUGAUCUAUGUGAUCUGGCUGUUCUUUGUGGUGGCGGCCUGGAACUGGAAUGUGUGGUUGAUUCCGGUCCGCUGGGCCUUCCCCUACCAAACCCCUGAAAACAUCCACCUGUGGCUGCUGGCUGACUACAGCUGUGACCUGAUCUACAUCACCGACAUACUGGUCUUCCAGCCCAGACUGCAGUUUGUCCGCGGGGGUGACAUUGUGUGUACUAAAAAGGACAUGAGAGAGAAUUACAUGUCCACCGAGAGGUUCAAGAUGGACAUCAUCAGUCUGUUUCCCCUGGAUGUCUUUUACUACUUCACUGGAGUGAACUCUCUGCUGAGGUUCCCUCGUCUGCUGAAGUACAUGGCCUUCUUUGAGUUCAACGACAGGAUGGAGGCUGUGAUGAAGAAAGCCUACAUCUACAGGGUGAUCCGGACCUCCACCUACCUGCUCUACUCUCUGCACAUCAACGCCUGCCUCUUCUACUGGGGCUCCGACUACGAAGGUCUGGGAUCCACCAAGUGGGUCUACAAUGGAAAAGGCAAUGCUUAUAUCCGGUGCUACUACUUUGCGGUGAAGACCCUCAUCACCAUCGGGGGUCUCCCAGACCCAACCACGGUCUUUGAGAUCUGCUUCCAGCUCAUCAACUACUUCGUUGGUGUCUUUGCUUUCUCCAUCAUGAUCGGCCAGAUGAGGGACGUGGUGGGGGCUGCCACUGCUGGGGAGAACUACUACCGGGCCUGUAUGGACAGCACCGUCAAAUACAUGAACUCCUACAACAUCCCCAGUGAAGUCCAGAACCGCAUCAAGACCUGGUACGACUACACCUGGAAGAGCCAGGGCAUGCUGGAUGAGCAGGAGCUCCUGGUGCAGCUUCCUGAUAAGAUGAGGUUGGACAUGGCUGUGGACGUCAACUACGCUAUCGUCAGUAAAGUUGCUCUGUUCCAGGGCUGUGACAGGCAGAUGGUGUUCGACAUGUUGACCAGACUCAAGUCUGUCGUAUACUUGCCUGGAGACUUCGUCUGUAAAAAGGGGGAGAUUGGGAGGGAGAUGUACAUCAUCAAACAGGGUGAGGUUCAGGUAGUGGGAGGUCCAGACCUGCAGACGGUGUUUGUCACCAUCAGAGCUGGUUCUGUCUUCGGAGAAAUCAGUCUGCUGGCGGGGGGCGGAGGAAACCGGCGUACAGCCAACGUGAAGGCUCACGGCUUCGCUAACCUCUUCAUCCUGGAUAAGAAAGACCUGGCAGAGAUCCUGGUUCACUACCCGGAGUCCCAGAAACUACUCCGCAAGAAGGCCAAGACGAUGUUGACCAAAGACAAGAAGCCAGACGAGCGUGGUGGUAAAGGGGCAGCUGAGGUCAUUCCCCCCCGACCUGACACCCCCGAAAUGUUCAAGGCUGCCCUGAAGGUGACAGAGCAAGCCGGGAUGGAGGGAACCUUCGCCAAGCUGAAGAAGGCCUACCAGGAGUCUGGAGAGGAGGCCCCUCCCUCCCCCUCUCCGGCCCCACCCCCUUCUCCCAUGUAAUAGCCCUCUCCAAUCCCAUGAAGAAGGCGGCCAUCAUCAGGAUGACACCACGCCCAGAGGGGGAGGAGCUAAUGGGCAUGGAGGAAAGCAAAACCAAUGAGAGAUGAUCUGGUUCUUCUUCUGUGGUGGAGUCUCCAUCCACCAAACACAGAAAAGCUUCUUCUUCUUCUUCUUCUUCUCGCAGUAGUUUGUUCUUCUACUUCCUCCUCACAGUCACAUGAAAGGAAGAGGCUUCUUCUUCUUCCUCUACCCCUUCCUACUCCUUCUACUUCUUCUUCUCCCUAGCUGCAGUACCAUCUUUGGCCGCACAGCCAGACUUCAUGUAUGGGGGGCGCUGUUUCACCAGGAAGUGAAAUAUAAAGUGUCUGUUAGAAGAAAAUAAAUUCAGCUUCCCAGAAUCCCCAGUUUUUGUCUGAUGAUAAGUCUUCCUGCUGCUUCUUGUUUCUUCUGGAGAGCGUAGAGUGUUAAGGGUUGGAGGGUUAAGGGGUUAAGGGUUGGAGGGUUAAGGGUUAGAGUGUUAAGG